AUGAGUACUCGAACCCUCUUCAACAACCGCAAUAGUUCGCAAGAGUUCAUCAAGAGCAGCUGGCUGCAAGAAUGGCAGCGUCGCCAGCGAAAGUCCGAGACCUCUAUGGGAUCGAGCUCCAACAGCGAUGAGGCUCAAGAACUGGACGCCAAAGAUUCAAGUCCUACUGCAACCAAUAGUGUUUAUCAAGUUACCAACUCGAGACGUCCAUUAGCUAGUGGGUUGAUGUGGUCUCUGGGCUCCUCGACCAAUGAUUUGGCAAGUGUAAUGCCUCCAAAAGAAGUCUUCCUUCAUAACAAGCGUGCUCAAACGCCUGCCGAUGAAUUGGCAGACGACUUUCACGAACUUCACGUCGAUGAUAGCAAAGAAGUUCACUUGGACAGCUUCCAUGUCUCUGCUCCACAAACACACAGGAGCUGUGCUACAUCGAGUCCUCCGUUUACCCCAGAGAGUCUUAAUACUGUUUGGGAGAGUACUGCUGACCUCGCCACUCCUCGAAGUGUCCAGCCGAUUCGCAAGACCACCCACAAGCUUGUUAAAGGCCUAUCCACCGAGAGACAGACUCUUAAUCCCGCGGCUGCUGAGUUUAGUCUGCGAGAUAUUUCUGAUCUUCAAGCUGAUCUUGCCGAAGACACUACCACUGCCACAGGAGAUGCGAUGGACUUUGACUUCAGAAGCCUUUACACUGCAAGAAGACCAUCAUGGCUCAAAGAUUUCCCAGGCACAAGAUAUAGCUAUAAAAAUCUGCCGCCAGAAGAACUGCAACAAAGGGAUGCUGCUAGAUUGUCGCCCAUUCACGACUUUGGGCCCAUCGGUGGUCCCACCAAGUCAAAGGGUAGACAGCUCUCAAAACCUGAGUAUCCAAAGGAGGAAACCGUCAGACCUACAUUCGGCCAGAUUUCUCCAAGUGAGUAUCCCACUCGCACAUCUUUCAGACCCACAUUUGGCCAGAUUACUCCAAGUGAGUAUAUGAAUCAAGAAGCUGUUGGAUCUACAUACGACCAACUUACACCAAUCCAUCCUAUUGCCAGCAGACCGCGAAACGCCUACCCACCCAUCACCGUCCCCGAGCCGCAAUCUCAGUAUGGCUCAAGAUCAGUCUCCCACUCUGGCUCCAGAUCAAACUCCGACCCCACCAUCACACCAACCUCCAAAUUCCAAAAAUCCUACAAAAUGGUCAACGAACUCGCCAUCCUCAACCGUCGCAAGAUCGUAGGAGCCAACUCCCCACCACCAAAAGGCUACCAAGGCAACAAAAUCGGCAAGUCCUACCUCGCCCAAUGCGACAACCUCCCACACCACCUUAACUGCUCCCUCUGGAUCACCAACAUCCCCGCACACAUCACGCCCUCCGAAUUCGUCGCCUCCCUCCCCUUCGGCAAAAUCUACGCCCUCCAUCUCAACCGCCCAGACGCAGAGCACGCCCAACAAGCCGCCAAACUCGUCCUCUGCGACCCCGCAGACGCAGCGCACAUCUUCCACCUCACGCGCACCUCGCACAUCUACCUCGGCGGCAAGCGGCUGAACGUGAAGUACAAUCGCAAAGGCUUCCGUCAGUUCAAGGGUAUUCAGAGUCGUACGCUGUGGGUUACCGGACCGAGGGAUCUGAUGGAUGUGGAUGCUUGGAUUGGGUUUUUUAAGAGUGCCUGCGCGUUUGAGGUCUCGGAUAUUAGGAGUGUGGAGGUUGGGGAGGGGAAUGUGAGGUUGGAGUUUGACUUUUUGAGGGUGGAUGGACAGAGUCAGAUGUGUUUUAAGAUGAUUAUGGAUUAUGAGGAGUUGAGGGACAGGGUUAGAGUUACGUAUGGGAUUGACCCUUGUCAGAGACGGAUCUGA